AUGGUAUUGAAGCUAGGUUUGUUGUGCUCUCACUCCGACCCAAAUGCUAGACCAACUAUGAGACAAGUGUUGAAUUAUCUAAACGGAGAUGCAAAGUUACCAGAUUUGUCACCGUUGGACUUACGUGGGAACGGGAUGAUGAUGAUGGGACUCCACCACAAAGUUAGUGAGAUCCAUUUUGUGAUACUUAAAAUACUUAAAAUGUGCAAAUCGGUCCAUUCCUCUCCUCUGUCAGCUUUUGAUCCCGAGAUCUUACAAGGAGAAGCAAGCGAAAGCGGCGAGGAGGAGGAUGAAGAUCAGAAGAUGAUCGGAAGAAGAUGGGAAGAAGAUCUGAGAAGUAACCGUGAUUUCCCUGAAGUCGAGCUCGAUGCAAAGAGAGAUGAGCUCAGAGAUUCGAUCGGAAGAGGAUGA